AUGGCUCGUGAUCCGCUGAUCGGGAUAGUCGGGAAACCUUCCUCUGGGAAAUCCACGCUUUUGAACUCGCUGACGGACGCCAAUGCCGCUGUGGGUGCGUUCCCCUUCUGCACGAUCGAUCCGAACAGGGCCACAGGGUACCUCCAGUUGCCCUGUGCCUGUUCCCGGUUUGGUCUCGAGUCGCAGUGUAAGCCCAAUUACGGGUGGUGUGUCUCUGGGAAGCGGCAUGUGCCCGUGAUGCUUCUUGACGUUGCUGGGUUGGUCCCCGGUGCGCAUUCGGGCCGUGGUCUCGGGAACAAGUUUCUGGACGACCUGAGGCACGCUGAUGCGUUGAUCCAUGUGGUGGAUGUCUCUGGGACGACUGACUCCGAGGGGAAGAACACGCGCGGGUACGACCCGCUGUACGACAUCGAGUGGCUGCAGGACGAGAUCCGGCUGUGGAUCGAGGGGAACUUGAAGAAGCGGUGGGGGUCCAUUGUGAGGCGACACACUGCGACGAAGAGUUCCCCCGUGGACACUCUGCAGGCGCAGUUUGGAGGGUACGGGUCGCAAGUGCCCAUGGUACAGAGGGCGUUGGACCGGGUGGCCUCAGAACAGGGGAAUCUCCCACCACUGGAGCAAUGGGACGACGAGUGGAUAACGCGGGUGGUGCGGUCGUUCAUGGCCGAGAAGUUCCCCACGGUGCUUGCCCUGAACAAGAUCGACCACCCAGACGCCGACAAGAACGUCUCUAAGAUCCUGCUGCGGCACCCGGGCACACCCUGUGUGCUAACGAGUGCUGUCACAGAGGUGUUCCUUCGGAAGUUGAAGAAACAAGGGUUUGUGCAAUACGACGAGGGCACCGAGUUCGUCGAUACGGCGGAGGACGACCCGAAACUGCGCCCACUCGACGAGAGGGCCCUGGAGCGGAUCGAGCGGGUACGCGACCUCGUACUGUACCGUUUCGGGUCCACUGGUGUCGUGCAAGUCCUGCAGGCCUCGGUAGCGCUGCUCAAACUCGUCCCCGUGUACACCGUGCGGAACAUCCACAGCUACACGGGCGGCAGCGGCACCGCCGUGUUCCGGGACUGCUUCCUCGUGAAGAGCGGCACCCCAGUGGGCCAGGUCGCCCGCCACAUCCUGGCGGGGAGGUCGCCGUCGCCGCGAUCGAGACCUGCGGCGGCGUGCGUGUCAGCGAGGACGCAACCGUCUCCGAGGGCCACAACGACAUCCUCUCCUUCAAGCUGGCGCCCAGGGCGCCUCCCGCAAGCACACCCAGCUAGCCCUAUGUAUCACUCUGUCUACAAGCCACCUCUGACUAAGCAGCGGGCGGAACUUUUGGUAUAA